UUUUGAUAUGAAUAUAUUUGAGUUUUUGAUAACAUGAAACAGAACACAUGCCAAUGGAUAAAAUUAGCUGAAACCAACUGUGUAUCAUGUACAAAGAGUAAGACGUCGCCUGACAAAUGUGCCAUUAAUACAGUUUCAGCGCUCCAUACAUUAUCUAGAUCUAUUUUUAGCUGCAGUGCAUUUUCCAUUACGUAGUGUCAGAAGUUCCCCACAGGCGGCGUGCAUAUCAAAAUGUCUCCCGAUGAAUGGAGAUAUGCGAUAAUUCUCAUUUCUUCUGUCAUUUUCGGCCAAAUUCUGCGGCUUACGAAUGGAGCCACUAGAAAAAAGAUAUUAUCAAGCUCAGUGGGGCUCACAAUGGUGGUUUCCACGUGCGGUUGGAAGAGCACACACUCGCUUAUCACUGCCGUAGUCAACAGUUUCAUUGUAAAAUAUCUGCCAAACAGGUACUGCCAUAUUGCAAGCUUCAUCUGGUGCUUUUCCUAUCUAGCAUUUUUCCGGAUGACUGAAAUAUUUGGAUUGCCAAAGAUGUCUGGAGUUGUGAAUGCAGUUCAAUUGCUCCUGACUCUUAGGAUGGUUGGUUUGGCCUUUGAAGUGAAUGAAAGCAGAGAAUACAAGAAAAAGUUGAAAAAAGAGGAAGGAAAUGAGGAAUUGAAACUGACUGUGGAAUACCGAGAUGUUGAUCCUUCCAUUCCUGACAUGAUUAUGUAUGGAUACUGCUACAUUGGACUGUUCACAGGUCCAUAUUUCCGCUACAGGACGUACCACGACAUGUUACACUUGAAGAAUUCUCCCAAAAUUGACGUAGUGCCAGCAUUGUUGGCAAAGAUUAAGGUUCUGCCAUUAUCAUUUGCCAUAUUCCUCCUGACUGCCCAUUACUUCGACUUGGAGUUUGCUUCCACUGAAGAAUUCCAGGAACGCCCAUUUUGGUACCGCCUGUUUUAUAUGGUGAUGGUGUGGCUGUGGUUCAGAACAAGGAUGUACUGCGCUUGGAUCCUCGCCGAGCUAGUGUGUGUUUCCUCCCUGCUCGGUGCAUACCCGGCAGUGUCCUUGCCGAGGUGUGGCCAAGGACCAACAGAUCUCAAGGCUUUGAAGGCACUCUCUGAUAAAGAUACAGAAGAUAUAGACUAUAGUUUUGAGACGAUUCGUAACAUAGAUAUCCACGGCUGCGAGCUAGCUCCAGGUGUCCGUGGGGGCAUGAAGGCUUGGAACAAGAGUGUUCAGUAUUGGCUUGCUGCUUUCGUCUAUAGGAAAUUCCCUAUGAAAUCUAUCAGGACGACAGUAACAAUGGCAGUGAGUGCCUACUGGCACGGUCUUCAUCCUGGUUACUACCUUAGCUUCCUCUCCAUGCCACUCUUCACCAUGGCGCAGGAUGACGUGACAAAAGCAUUCCGGAAUGACGCCUCACCAUUUCAACAGAAAGUCGUUGACACGUUCCUUUGGUUUUUGUGGAUAAGACAAGUCGAGUACGUUUCUGUGGCAUUCCUUAUGCUGAGAUUUGAUUGGACAAUAGCAUAUUGGUCCAGUAUAUACUACUGUAUGCAUGUGUUUACAAUAUUUGUGAUUAUUGUUGCCAAAGUUUUCCUGGUGAUCAAGAAGCCAAGUGCAAAUGUUGAGCCUGCUGGGAAAAAGGACAACUGAUAACUGGAAAUCAUCCAAAAAUCUGAAAUGUCUCACAUCUUGAUUAACUAGUCAAUUUUAUGUUGGGCGAACGUAAUAUUGAAGUGAGUGCUUCAUUGUGCAUUUUGUUUGUGUGCACACAUAGUCCUUUGUCUUGUCUGUACCUAAAAAUCUUAAACAAAAUUUUCGUACGCCAUUUUGCCUUUUUGCAGUUGUUCAGGGAAAUAGAAGGGGUGACACUAACAGGUUGGUAUGUGAUCCCCCUGCAAUUGAUUAACAGUGAAUGUGACAAGCACAAUUAGCUAUGCUUGAACGCUAUCCCGUUCUAAUCAAAUCAUUUUUUGUUGUUUAAGUGGUAGUGGUGGUAAUCAUGGACUUUUCCAAUAAGCUUGACAGUCACUUGAACUAAUCUUAACCUAGUGUCCUGCGAAUAACUAUUGUGUUUUUAAGAAAUUUGAAAUUUAAUGAGAGAUUUCCGUACCAGUUUAGUUUGUUCCUCUUUCACUUUGAUCUGGAGGCCUAUACUUAAAAGAUUUAUAUCAUGUCUAUAACAAUCUUGACAUUUGUAUCAUGUUUAUUGUGAAGACUGUCAUUUAUUUGUGCCUUAGGUGUAUUUUUGUUGUUGUAUAGGAGUAUUGUGUGUGUGUGUGUGGGGGGGGGGGGGAUGCAAUGUCUGAAUCUGAUUCACUUUAAAAGUGUAGUCACUGAUGAAAUUUUCAUAUUACUAAAAUUGUGACAAUCGUGAAAUAAUUUGAAAAAGCAUGCAUUGAAGAACUAUGAAGUCUAGGGAACUUUUAGAUUUUUAAAUGUUACUUUCUGUUUAGAAUUUGUCACUUUAUGAUUUAUUGUUGUUGUUUUCUUUAUAUUAAUAAAUGAUGAGCUUAAAAAGUAACUAUUAGCCUGUUGUGAAUUCUUACUUCAUUUGUGUAAGACAAACAUUGUGUUUCCAUAUACUGAUAACUGUCCACCGGAAAUGGACGCCAGGCCUACUUGAAUUCUUUGUGGUUGGCCGAGAAUGGGGGCAUAGGUGUUUUAGAGGGUUGGAAGGCACUCCUUAUCGCCAUUAAUACAUGUAUUUCCCCCAGCCACUAAAGAUUCUGGCAUGCAAUUCUAGUGUCUGUUUCUGGCAGUCGGGAACUGGUAUAUCAAUUAAAUAGUCGUGUUGUUUACAGAAAAAGGAAGUAAAUCUAGGAGUUGUGCAGGGUAGCUCUCAGUCCUCCUUAGAUUGCAAUCCCCUCAAUUUAUUGAAGCAUGAAACGAUUUCUUUCCAUAUAUUCAAAUGCUCCCGCU